CCUGACACUCCACAGCGGGUUCGUCCAAUAAUAUUGAUUGCGGACCUAGGAUGCACAGAUUCUCUGGAUUGAUCGGCAUACUAGAAUUUAUACUUCCGCAGCAUCCUAAAUGAAGGGGUCCAGAUGUAUUUUCCAAAGCGGCAAGCAACAAACCGGAGGAGAGAACCUCACCUCCGUUUUGGAGGCGGGACUUGAGUAUAAAAAGACAUAUCCUGUCCAGCUCUUGUAUCAUCACGCAAUUCCUCGUGACGAUCACCCACAAUCAUCAUGGUCCACUACAGCAUCCUCGCAUCUGCUUUAUUAAGUGUUGCUGCAGCACAGUCCCUUGGCCAGGGUAAAGAAGUGCAGCCUAAACUCACUACCUAUGAAUGCACGAAGAAGGGGGGCUGCAAAGCUCAGGAGAGCUACGUUGUUCUUGAUGCGGCCACCCACUCAAUUCACCAAAAGAAUGACACAACCAAGGGCUGCGGGAACUGGGGUAGCGGAGCGGAUCCAGCUGUGUGCCCUGACGAGAAGACAUGUGCGAAAAACUGUAUCCUGGAACCGAUCAGCAACUACAAUGACUAUGGCAUCUUCACCAAUGGAGCAAGCCUGCGGAUGGACUUUUAUGGCAAGGACAAGAAGACCCAAUCGCCGAGGGCAUACCUACUUGACAAGAACAAGAAGAACUACGAGAUGUUAAAGUUGACUGGCAAGGAGUUUACUUUCGACGUCGAUGUGUCGAAGCUGCCUUGUGGUACAAACGGCGCUUUAUACCUCUCUGAGAUGAGAGCAGACGGUGGCCGUUCUAACUUGAAUCCCGGAGGUGCUAGCGUGGGCACAGGAUACUGCGACGCACAGUGCUUUGUGACGCCCUGGGUCAACGGACUUGGUAACAUCGAUGCCUCUGGGGUUUGCUGCAAUGAGAUGGACAUCUGGGAAGCCAACAGCCGCUCCACUCAGAUCGCGCCACAUACCUGCAGCAAGCCUAGCCUCUUUAAGUGCCAAGGCGCUGAAUGCCAGUUCAACGGUCUCUGUGAUAAGAAUGGAUGUGGCAAGAAUUCUUACCGCAAUGGUGCAAAAGACUUCUAUGGUCUUGGCCUCAAGAUUGACACAAAGAGACCAUUCACGGUUGUCACUCAAUUUCCAGCUAAGAACGGCGUGCUCCAAUCUGUUGACCGCAAGUAUGUCCAGAACGGCAUAAUCUUCGAAGACCAGCCUAAGAACAUAACUUUGAACGAUGAGACCUGCGCCUCGAGCGGCGCUGAGAUGUUCAUGAAGCUGGGUGCUAUGAAAGGUAUGGGCGACGCACUUAGCCGUGGCAUGGUGCUGGCGAUGAGUGUCUGGUGGGACGAGGGCGGCUUUAUGCAGUGGCUUGAUGGCGGAGAGGCCGGCCCUUGCAAUGCGACUGAAGGCAGCCCAGAGAAUAUUGUCAAGGUACAACCGUUUCCUUCCACCACCUUCUCCAACAUCAAGUGGGGCGAGAUUGGGUCGACUUUCAAGGGGAAGAACCAGUGGGCCGCAUAGACAAUUCGACGUGCAGAUAAGUAGAUAUGAUAGGGCGCGAAUACAUUGACAAGCGACUGUGUUACCUAAGUACUCUUGCC